AUGGCUCCACACGCUACCACACCUCCUCCUGUUUCCCACGAGCAACCCCUUCAUCCUAUCACAGUUCUUGCUUCUUCAAGAGCAGUCGUUGCUGGUCGGUUGACUGAGGCUACCAUCGUUGUAUCAAACCACACGGGGAAGAUCACAUCCAUCUUCCAUUCAGUACUUCCCCCUACAGACUUCCCCGAAGGCACAUCAUACACCGACUACUCGCCACAUAUCCUACUACCCGGUCUUGUCGAUGCCCACGUCCACCUCAACGAGCCUGGUCGAACGGAAUGGGAAGGCUUCUGGACUGGUACCCGAGCUGCGGCAUUCGGUGGUGUCACAACUGUCAUUGACAUGCCAUUGAACGCUAUCCCUCCUACGACUACUGUCGAGAACCUCAAGAUCAAAUGCGAAGCAUCACAAGGAAAAUGCUGGGUUGAUGUAGGCUUCUACGGUGGCAUCAUCCCUGGUAACUCAGGUGAUCUGAAGGCUUUAGUCAAGGAGGGUGUUCGGGGCUUCAAGGGCUUCCUGUGUGACAGUGGAGUCGAAGAAUUCCCCGCUGUAUCAUCAAUAGACAUUGAAAAAGCUCUCCUCGAACUCAAAGAUUCAGCAACAACACUCAUGUUCCACGCCGAGAUGAUCCCACCCAUUGCCGACUCGGUAGGCGACGAUAUCCAGCGUUCAAACCCCCCUCUCGCCCCCAAAGGCCCUCUAACUUCUUACGACACAUUCCUCCAAUCACGACCGCCAUCCUUCGAAACAUGCGCCGUGGCCGAAAUCCUGUCAUUGGCGCAUCUUGCCCCAGAGCUACAACUCCACAUCGUCCAUCUCUCCGCCAUAGAAGCUAUCCCUAUGCUACGCAAAGCACGCGCCGACGGCAUAAAAAUCACUGCAGAAACCUGUUUUCACUACCUCGCCCUUGCGGCUGAAGGCAUCCAAGAAGGCGACACAAGACACAAAUGCUGCCCGCCCAUCCGCUCCCAAUCAAACCAAGACGGUCUAUGGGAGGAACUCCUCCAAGACACGGCCGAUGGUGUUAUCCAAACAGUCGUUUCAGACCACUCCCCUUGCACCCCAGAGAUCAAGCUCCUACCCUCACAUCUCGCGCCCAAAAAGACGAGUACAGCUGCGCGUAAAGAAGGUCACGCAAAAGACUGCGAUUCAUGUGAGAGCAGCGAAGGCGAAAUGGAAGGACCGGAAGAGAAGGGCGAUUUCUUCAGCGCUUGGGGCGGCAUCUCGAGUGUGGGGCUCGGUCUACCCAUUCUAUGGACCGAAGGCACAAAGCGCAAUGCCGACUUCAGCGUCGAGGAGAUUGUACGAUGGUGCUGCAGAAACACAGCCAAGCAAGUUGGACUUGAGAAGAGCAAGGGUGACAUUAGUGUGGGCUUUGAUGCUGAUAUUGUUGUUUUUGACGACAAGGCUGAAUUCUUGGUCGAACCAAACACCAUGCUCUUCCGUAACAAGGUCUCACCCUACGAGAACAAGACCCUCAAGGGUGUUGUGAGAGAGACUUGGCUACGCGGUCAACGCGUUUUCUCCAGGACAGAAGGGUUCCAAGAGAAAUCUGGUCCGCAAGGAAAGUUGCUGCUUGAGCCAAGGAAGAUGGGCGUUUAG